AUGAUGAUGCCGCCCUUCAUGAUGGGCUAUAACAACGAGACAGUUGUUUGCUCCGUCCACGGCAAGAAGCGCAGCAGAGAUGCGAUGAUGGACGACGGAGCCGGCGGUUUCGUCUGCCAGCCAGGCAAGGAGUGCAAGGUCACUGGCAACACGAAGCACGUGCCCUGCACCUUCUGGCAGGCCGGGAAGUGUACCAAAGGAGAGAAUUGUAACUUCUCUCAUGAUCCCAAUGCAAUAGCAGCAGCCAUGGCUACUGGAGACAAUGGCUGGGGCAAAGGCAAAGGCAAAGGCGGCAAAGGAUGGGCUCAGGACCCUAGCCAAGGCUGGGACGCUAGUCAAGGCUGGGAUGAUGGACAAGGCUGGGACGCUGCCCAAGGAUGGGACAGCUGGGGAGGCUACGGUGCCUACGGCAAAAAUGGGUGGAUGUCGAAAGGGAUGCAGAUGAUGCAAGCCAAGGGCAUGAUGGGCAAAGGCAAAUCGAAAGGCUACGGUGGCUACGGCAACGUCAAGGGUGGAGGCACCUUUCUGUGCUGCGUCCACCACAAGAACAGAAGUGCAAGUGCAAUGAUCGAAGUGGCCCCUGGACAGUACCAGUGCAGGCCAGACUCAGAGUGCAAGGGCGCGGGUGGUGCCAGUAAAAUAAAGACGGCCAUGUGCAAGUUCCACAUGGAAGGCAGGUGCACGAAAGGCGUUGCCUGUAAUUUUGCCCAUGGCCCAGAAGAGAUCGGCAUGCCCGUGCCCGAAGUCCCAGGUGCCGAAGUUGCCGGAGUCAAUGGGCUUGCCGGAGUCAACGGAGUCGCCGCAGUCAACGGAGCUGAUGCUGCCAAUGGGGUCCCUGCAGUGAAUGGCGUUGCUGGAGCACCUGUAGAAGUUUCUGCUGAGAUGCUCAAUGCGCAUGCCAAGCAAGUUGUGCAAAGUCGUUUCUCGCCGCCGGGCACCUACGAAGUGCCAAGCGUCAAACCGGAGGAAGCAGAAAGUGUCAAGCAUUUCAUUGGGGAAAGGGCCGGUUGCUUGCUUUCUCCUUUGGAGUCAACUUCUGUGCGGUUGAAUAUCGUGGCCUUGCAUGUGCUUGGCAUGAUCACUGGAAUCGACCUGCUACACCGGAAAUGGACGAAGUUUUACGUCUUCUACUGGGAGGGCAAAGAUCACGAUGGCAUCGACUUCAGCAGCUUGAAAUCCUGCAGUUCUUGUGGGAAGCUGCGUGAUCCCUGGCGAUUCCGACUCGACAACGUACAGGCGUGCCUCAGGUCGUGCACCAAGGAAGGGGAGAUCUUCCGUGAGGAGGUCGCGGAGUUCUGGUGCGUUUCCCCCUGGACAAUCGUAUCCUACAACCUGCCGAAGUUUGCGGCAUACCUGUCCAAGAAGAGGACGAAGGCCCUGACCGAGGCAGUGGUUCUCGGCACGGCCAUGUCCAUCUACCAAGGCACCCCACAGAAGCUUGAGCCUGGCGUAUCUGUGCAAAACUUAGGCUAUGACGUGACCUGGCAGAGCUGGCUAUGGUGGCAGGCUGGUGUCCUCAAGUCACGGGCACAGAAGAAUGGCAAGAAGUGCGUGGUUGUGCAUUUGGAUGGCUCGGGAGAUGAGCUCUUGAACCACCCGAAGCCUGCGACGGCCGGGCAGGACAUCGAGUCAGUGAUUCUACUCCUCGGUGGUCCUGAUGGUAUCAAACCGGGAGUUGCUCGUGAGAUGCAGAGCAUUCUGUCGCAGAAGUCGCAUGCCUACCUCAAGGUUAGGCUCCCUGGUGGAAAGCAGCAUUCCAACGUGGCUAUCGGAGAUUUGUUCAUGGCGCAUGAUCGGGGAAGCUUGCUGCAUGACGUUCAACAGCGUUUGAAGAUGGGCAAAGAGAAGUACGCAGAGUUCAAGGACGGUGUGUCCACUCUGAUGGACUUGAUCGCCGACAGCUACGAGAAUCACGAAGAGGCAUAG